AUGGCCCUUACCUCCAUCACAGAUAUCGUUGCCUCCCUCCCGUCAGAGGACUCAUGGGGCCCUCCCGUUACCAGCGAAAGCACUCUUGAUGGCGUUCCAUAUGCUCCAUUCUCUAAAGGCGAUAAGCUAGGCCGGAUGGCAGAUUGGGCGACUGAAGGGAAAGAUGGGCGAGAUGGACGUGGUGGUAGACAGGCAUAUAAUCGCGUCUACAGAGAUCAACAAGUAUAUGGUGCAGGGACAUCAAGUCUUUUCUCUGUGCAGGUGGCUGAGGACGAAUCCUCCUUCUCCGUCGUCGACAACACCAGAUCAUCUACAAAGACUCGCGGGUUUGGUCGUGGCGGCGGCACCAUAUUCCGAGGCCGCGGCCAACGAGGUGGUUCAGGACAACGUGGUCGAAGUGGCUUCCAAAGAGUGGGUGCAGGGCGAGGUGGCCAGCCCGGUGGAGAUCGGUACUACGAUAACCGUGGUGGUCGAGGUGGACGGGGCCGUCGUUUUGGGUGGAGAGAUUACGAUAAGCCCCAGCGCAACCGCGACAGCUCUGUCCACAUCCGCACCGAGUGGACAAUGCGGGAGGAAAUCGAUUUCACAAGGCUCUCGAAGCUCAACCUGGAGACCCCCGAUGGUGAAGAUAUUGACAAUUAUGGAUUCCUCUACUAUUAUGAUCGCGCGUACGAUAAACCUCCCGUGCGAAACACUGAGCGGAAACUAAUCUCUCUCGACCGUGCGGCGUACAACGUUACCACCACUGCCGAUCCAAUUAUCCAAGAACUGGCUGAAAAGGAUGAGGCCACCGUGUUCGCAACGGCUGAUAUUCUUUCCAUGCUGAUGUGUGCCCCCCGCAGCGUAUACUCAUGGGAUAUCGUCAUCAUUCAACAAGGCAACAAGAUCUACCUGGACAAACGUGACAACGCCUCUAUUGACUUGGUGACAGUCAAUGAGAACGCCGCAGAUGCUCCCCUUGAGGCGUCAGAAGCAGGAGGCAACAAACAAGAUUCCAUAAAUACCCCCAGUGCUCUCGCCAUCGAGGCCACUGUCAUCAACCAUAACUUUGCUCUCCAGACGGUGAUUGAAUCCGAAACAUCUAAGUUUGAAUUUAGCCACCCCAAUCCCUUCUACAAUCCGUCUGAAGAGACCGAACCCCUUGCCUCCAAGGGUUACAAAUAUCGUCGCUUUGAUCUCUCUCUCGAGAAAGAUGAGGAACCUCUUCACCUGAUCGUGCGCACUGAAGUCGAUGCUGUCGUCAAGAACAACAUCAGCGGUGACGACCAACAGCUUACCCUCAAGGCCCUCAACGAAUUCGACCACAAAUCUCAGGGUGCCGGCGGUGCACUUGACUGGCGCACUAAACUCGUCUCGCAGCGCGGAGCCGUCGUCGCCACUGAGAUGAAGAACAACAGCUGCAAGCUUGCUCGAUGGGCAACGCAGGCGAUCCUGGCGAAAGCCGAUACGAUGAAACUCGGCUUCGUGUCCCGCGCCAAUCCAAAAUCGGCAUCUGCUCACAUCAUCCUAGGCGUAGUUGGUUACAAGCCACGUGAGUUCGCGGCACAAAUGAACUUGAAUCUGUCGAAUGGAUGGGGUAUUGUUCGGACGAUUGUGGACUUGGUUCGGGGUCUGGAGCAUGAUGACGAAGAAGAAAAUGAUAUGCACAAGUUUGUGCUUGUGAAGGAUCCGAAUAAGCCCGUUAUUCGACUCUAUCAGAUCCCAGUGAAUACAUUCGAAGAGGACGAGGAUGCGGCGGAGACGGUGAAGGAGGAUAAGGAGGAUGAGAAUGAGGAUGAGGCUUAA